AUGGCCUGGGCACGCCUUGCCUCCCGCUCCCGUCUGCGCCCCGCGGCCUCCGCCGUCGGCCGACCUCCACACGCCUCACCGCCGGCUCCGCCUCCGUCCCCGCCUACCACAACACGCACGGUACCUGCGGCCACUUCCGCGCCACCGCUCCGGCGUCUCCUCCUCCUUCCACGGUACGGGUUUGCUGCCGCCGCGUCCUCGGCGUCGACCGCGCGGCUGCUCGGUGCCCGGUGGCCCCAGGGGCACGGUAGGAGGUGCUUCGCGAGCGAGGCCUCCGCGGCGCAGGCGCCGCCGGGGGAGGCCUCUGAGCUGGUGGAGGUGCCACUGGCGCAGACUGGGGAAGGCAUCGCCGAGUGCGAGCUGCUGCGCUGGUUCGUCGCCGAGGGUGACCAAGUAGAUGAAUUCCAGCCACUCUGUGAAGUACAGAGUGACAAAGCAACUAUUGAGAUAACAAGUCGUUUCAAGGGAAAAGUACAUCAGAUUCACUUUGGCCCUGGUGACAUAGUCAAGGUUGGUGAAACUUUACUGAAAAUGAUUGUGGGUGACAGCCAAAUUGUUUCCCCAGAUAAUAUAGUUCCAUCCGCUGAUAAGUCCCUUGGAGUUUCCUUAAGUGAAGGAAAUGUUCCUAGUGGAACUCUCUCUACACCAGCUGUUAGGCAUCUAGCAAAGCAGUAUGGGAUCAACAUAAAUGAAAUCGUUGGAACUGGGAAAGAUGGUAGGGUUUUGAAAGAAGAUGUGUUGAAUUAUGCUGUCAGCAAAGGUGUUCGCAAAGAACAAUUGUCAGCUUUGGAAGGGAACAUUGGUCAAGUUGAGUUACUGGAGGAAGGGAAAUCAUUACUCCAUGAGCACUUGUAUGAAGAUAAGAAAAUCCUUCUCAGGGGAUACCAGAGAUCAAUGGUCAAAUCAAUGAGCCUGGCUGCAAAAGUUCCACAUUUUCAUUAUCUCGAGGAAAUAAACUGUGAUUCUCUUGUACAACUAAAGACCACAUUUCAAAAUGAGAACAAGGAUCAUACUAUCAAGCACACUUUCCUUCCGUUCCUCAUAAAAUCACUUUCUAUGGCACUGAGUAAAUACCCUAUGUUGAACAGCUCUUUCAUCGAGGAAACUAACGAAGUUGUGUUCAAAGGGUCCCACAACAUUGGGGUGGCGAUGGCUACAGCACAUGGAUUAGUCGUGCCAAACAUCAAGAAAGUGCAGUCCCUAUCAAUAUUGGAGAUCACGAAGGAAUUGGCGCGAUUGCAUGAGAUGGCAUCGCACAACAGGCUAAGCGCUGCAGAUAUUGAAGGUGGCACUAUAACACUUAGCAACAUAGGUGCCAUUGGUGGCAAGUUUGGCUCUCCACUUCUGAACCUACCUGAAGUUGCCAUCAUUGCCCUUGGGCGGAUUCAAAAACUUCCUCGCUUUGAUGAUGACGAAAACGUUUACCCUUCAUCCAUAAUCAAUGUUACUCUUGGAGCCGAUCACCGAGUGGUUGACGGGGCCACGGUUGCAAGAUUCUGUAACGAGUGGAAGAGCCUCGUGGAGAAGCCAGAGCUGCUCUUGUUGCAUAUGCGAUGA